AUGUUCGGAUUCGGUCGACGAAACGAGUUCCCCGUCGAGGGUCGAACUGUCCUUAUCACUGGUGGCUCUGAUGGCAUGGGCCGGGCUGUCGCUCUUCAGCUUGCUGGCAAAGGCGCUCAUGUCGUGGUCGUUGCUCGUACUCUUUCCAAGCUCCAAAGCACCGUUGAAGAGAUGAAGGCCAAGGCUCUCAACUCGAAGAAGCAACGUUUCUUCUACAUCAGUGCUGAUCUCACUUUUGCCAACGAGUGUGAUCGUGUGGUCGAUGAAGUCACUGCCUGGAACGAGGGAUCUGCCCCUGAUAUUGUCUGGUGCUGUGCUGGCUUCUGCCACCCUGGAUUCUUCACCGAAGUGCCCAUUUCAGUCCAAAAGCAGCAAAUGGACACUGUUUACUGGACUGCUGCCAACAUGGCACACGCCACCCUUCGCAACUGGCUAGCUCCCAUCACCCCGAGUGCGCAGAUGAUGAACCCACGUCGACACCUCAUCUUCACCUGCUCCAUUCUUGCCUUUACUCCCAUUGCUGGCUACGCGCCUUAUUCACCUGCCAAGGCUGCCAUUCGCUCCUUGUCUGACACACUCUCCCAGGAGAUUGAGAUGUACAAUGGAGCCUACACUCAGCGACACCGUAACUCAGCCCCAGCUGCCGAUAUCAAGAUUCACACGGUCUUCCCCAUGGGCAUUCUCAGCCCCGGAUUUGACAACGAGCAGAAGCUCAAGCCCGAACUGACCAAGAAGCUCGAGGAGGCCGACAAACCUCAAACGCCCGAGGAGGUGGCCCGAAUCGCCAUCAGUGCACUGGAACGCGGCGAAUACCUGAUCACUACCAUGUUCCUUGGUCACGUCAUGAAGGCUUCUGCUCUUGGACCGAGUCCCCGAAACGCCAUUAUCGGAGACACCUUGCUCAGCUGGCUCAGCAAUCUGGUGUUCCUCCAAGUCAUUCCAGACCUUCGCAACAAGGCAUUCAACUGGGGAAAGACCAACGGACUCCCCGUAAACCCCGGUCCCUGA